CACCAUUUUCUUUCCAUUCACUCGUGAAAAGAAACACUUCACUUUUUUACCUUCAUAUUGUUACAGUUUAAUUUCAGUUUUUCUUUUUUUUUCAAUCCAUCAUUUCGUUGGAAUUAUUUUUUUUACUGGUUUUGUGAAUCGAGAUUCCAUUUUUGUUGACAUUUGUUUAUUUCUUUAGUUGUAAAGUGAAACAAUGACUUACCAAAUGCCCGAUAAUAAAUGGCUUUAUGAUCUUUUCAGAAGAGUAGAUCGAGAUGGAUCGGGUGCAAUCAAUGCGGUUGAAUUACAAUCAGCUUUAUCAAAUGGGACUUGGAGUCCAUUUAAUGGUGAAACGGUGAGACUUAUGAUCGGGAUGUUUGAUAAAGAUAAAAGUGGAGCAAUCAAUUAUCAAGAAUUUACUGCUCUCUGGGAUUAUGUAACUAGAUGGUUAAACUGUUUCAAAUCAUUUGAUCGAGAUAAUUCUGGAAAUAUUGACCGUAACGAGUUGAAACAAGCAUUAACCACCUUUGGUUACAGAUUAUCGGAUAACUUUUACACCAUAAUAGUCAGAAAAUUUGAUAGAAAAUCUUCUGGAUCAAUUUAUUUCGAUGAUUUCAUCCAAUUAUGUGUACUUCUUCAAUCACUAACCUCAGCAUUCAGGCAACAUGAUACAGAUCAAGAUGGAUGGAUCCAAAUUGAUUAUGAAAGAUUUUUAACUAUGGUUUUUGAUGUUUGUAUUGUUUAAUUAUUGUUACCAUAUUCCCAUCACUUCCAAAUCCAAGAAUCAACAAACAAAAACGAUCAAUUCUAAUUCACGCAAAUUGUAAAACGUUAAUUGUUAUCGAGCCAAAUUAAAGAGCCAAAUUGAAAGAAAA